GCAGGGAUUUUUUUUGUGGUCUGGUGGGUGUUGUUUAGUAGUUUUGAGUGGAAUCGCGGAACGAAGAAAUGGCUGAUUAUCGUUGACACUGAUCUGACACUGACUUGACUGACUUGACUGACUUGACUUGACUGACUGACUAAUGACUUGGCGUCCCCUUCGGUUCGGCAGUUUUCGCUUUCCGUGUGAUUCGGGAUUCGCAAUUCUCUCUUUUCUUUUCUUGUUUUCUGUACAGUCAGUUUGUUUCAUACAAGGGAGGAAGUACGAUGCAAGGGCUGUGGGGGGGAAAGGAAAAGGAAAGAGCAGCGGUGGUGGAAGGAGGAUGGUGCGUGGGAGACCAGCCCCGUCGUGCAGCUUACGCGUCCACGCAUGAUGAUUAUUUGAACAGUUGUUGAGGAUGAGGAGGUGAUGAGUGUGUGUGUUUGAUUAGAGGAUAUAUAGAAGAAUUGUAUCUGAGAUGUAUUAUGAAGUGAAUGGGAUGGAGAUGGAGAGAGGGUUGGGAGCAAUCAAGACUCGAUGGGGUAUCUUGAUUGCCUGCAGACAGGUAGAAGCAGGAGCAGGUCAUGUGAGUCUAUGCUAAAUAAGAGUUCACUGAACAAACGAGCAGCUUUGUGCAGUGCGGGUUUUAAGCUGCUCGGGUCAUGAAACGACUCCACGUCUGCCUGCUGCUGCUGCUGCUGCUGCUGCUGCUGCUGCU